GCUCAGGAUGCGGGCUGUGAUGCUGGUGGUGUGCGCAGUGCUGGUCCUGCUGCCGGAGAGUGAAGGCACCCUCGGCCUCGCCGCUCUUAAGGUUCUUAAGUACAAGGGGUUGGCCAAGCUGAAACAAAGCGUCUUGGGGUCGAAGAACUCCGAAGGUCUGCCUGGUCUAGGCUCUCCACUCCGAGACUUGGCUGAUUCUGGCUACAACUACCGGCCCAGCUACGGCCCUUCCCAUUACACCGGCGGCGGACCCUCUGCCUUCUACAUCGUCCCGGCUAGCUCCUUCAGUGACCACUACAGGAGAGGCAAGCGUGACGCAAAGAGUGUUGGGCCGGUCCCCGGCAUCCUGGAGGUGGCGAGCGGGUCCCUCCUGCAGGAAGAGGAGGAGCAGUUCAGGGUGUUGAGAGAGGAGGACGCUGACGGCUGUGUUCUUCGGCUGGUGUGUGAGCUGGCCGCCGCCCCCGCCCACACCCUCACUCACGACGAGCAGCUCAUAAUGGCAGUGUUCAGCUCCUCUACUGACGCCCCAGCCAACACGGACCUGAGCAACUCCAGAAGAGCAUACGACGAGGCCGCCAGGCUGGGAAGGAGGUCCACCAACCCGAGCCAAAGCUGCGCCGCCGUGUACAGCACCUGUCCUGUCUCUGCCAAGCAGCUGAUGAAGGUGUUCUCCACAGCGGAGCUGACCCAGCAGGCCCAGCUGCACCCUUAGGUCGCACUUAACUUCAAGAUGACUCUCAAGUCCCAAACUUAUUUGUCCAAGAUCUUACAUCUAGGGAACAUGAAAAACUAAGAGUGGUUAUUAAGAAAUUUGCUAGGAGACUUUACUACUCAGGAUAACCUAGCUAUUAUAUAAAAAGUCCUGUAUUUAAGUAUUUCCACUAGUAUAUUAUGUCACAUUUAAUUUAAUAUUUUAAGAAAUUAUUUUAUUAUUAUUUUAACUAAUCAAUCAGCUGCUGGCAAGAAUAGAGCGAGUUAUCUUGAGAGCCGUAGACAACAUUAACAAUAGAAGUGAGUGAAGGGAUCACAUGGUACUGUAGAGUACAUGUAGUCAGUGGCAUGACUGUAGAGUGUAUAGGCUGUCCACGUUGUAGCUACGAACAUUUCAGCCCAGAUCAAUAUUCUUUUAACUUUUGUUAACCGGGCUAAAGUAGUGCUUAAUGAUGGGACUCGAUCAAUACUUGUUAAGUUUAGUGACUAGUAGUGCCUAGUGUUAUGACUGUAACAACACUAAGGAAGUAUGGUAACUAGCUGUAGCUAGUGUUGAUACAGUAUAUAACAAUAUUGGGAGCAUGGUGACUAGUAGUGCCUAGUGUUAAACAGUGUGUGACUGCAGUGUGAAAUUAUGAUGACUGAACAUUUGGUCACGUAAUUUUACAUCACGUAAUGAUGUAAAAUUGAUGACGUCCCUAAUGAUAAUCAGACUGGACUGUUGGUUAAUUUGUAAGUCCUAUAUCAAUUUAGACUAAUUUGUGGAUGAAAUACCUCACUGAAAUGUAGUUUACCUAUUAAAAAUA